AACAGGCACAUCAAGAGACCCACAUGCCUCAAACUGGGAGGGAUAAAAUACAAGCAAGCUUUGUUAGGAAGAUACAUCCAUCCCAAGGAACCAGAAAUAAAGGACAUGGAACUUCCCGCUCCUGGAAGGCUUUCCUACAGCUGCAAAGAUGAGGAGUUUGAGCCGGACUAUGAGCCUUCAGGCCAGACUUGGCUGUUUGAUCUGAUCAAUCUUGGAGAUAAUAUGGAAUCCUGUCUGUCCCUCACCGUCCCAAAUUCCAUCACCUCCUGGACAGCAAGUGUCUUCUGUGUUAAUCCUCACGCAUUCGGUUUGAGUCCUCCUAAAGAUCUCAACAUCCUUCCAAAGUACAUUCUGGAUUUCAGGCUUCCUGACUCCAUGAUCCAAGGCGAGAGCCUGAAGCUGAAUGCCAUCAUCAUAAACAAGCAGAACGUCCCUCUCAUGGUCAAAGUGACUGCAGAAGUAUCCACAGAUUACACCCUCAUAGCCAAGUCUGAUGAGCUGUCUACACUGUGCUUGUGCGGCAACGACUUUAAGAUCCUUGAAUGGACCAUGACUCCAAAACACACCGGGACGAUCUCGGUCACCCUGAAAGCUGAGCCGUUGUCUUCCAAGGCGACCUGUUGCCAUCAGCAUGUGACAGUGCCAGAAAAUGCCGCCAGUGUUGUUGUUACAAGAUCUCUGGAAGUAAAGGCUGGAGGACAGGAGGUGAUAAAGACAACCAGCUGGCUGCUUUGUCCAAAAGGACAUUAUGUUAAUAAAGAGGUGGAGAUUGACAUCCCCAACUCUGUGAUUGGUGGAAGUCUGAGCGCUCACGUCUCCGUUUCAGGGCACAUCCUCGGCUGGCUUCUGCACAACCUUCACAAUCAGGAACAUCUCCUAAAUGGUUGCGGGGAGCAGAACAUAGCCUACAUGGAGAUCUAUGCUAACCUCUUGCAUUACUUGCAAAGCACCCACCAGCUGAGCAACGAAAUUGAGACCAAAGGGCUCAAGCUCCUGACUCAAGCCUACCAGAAUCAGCUGGCCUGCAUGAAUAAAGCGUACGCCUUCAGCACAUCCGUCUCUGGCGAGGUGGACACCUGGUUCACUGCUUGGGUGAUGAAAGUAUUCCACAAAGCCAGCAAAUUGAUCUACAUUGACCCGAGGAUCAUAGUUGGAGCCAGGAAGUGGCUGGAAUGUCACCUUCAAAAAGAUGGCUGUUUUAAAGUGUUCGGAAAAAACUUUGCCAAAAGAUUCCCGGAUGCUGGGUCCAAAGAAGUGAUCGUCUGUGCUCAUGUUACUAUUGCCUUACUUGAAAUGAACAUACCUGUACAUAAUCCUUUGGUGCAGAAGAGUUUGACCAAUCUGAAGCAGAACAUUGAUGAACACAGCAGCGUCUACGCCAAAGCUCUGCUGGUUUACUGCCUGACGUUGGCCAAAGACUGGGGAGCCAGCAGUAAGCUUAUGCACCACCUCGACUCAAUCGCCAUCAAGGAGGGGGAAUUCCUUUACUGGCUUCCGACGCCAAACGACAAAGUGUCUUCUCUGUCUGUGGAGAUCACUUCUUACAUACUUCUGGCCAAACUGUCUUCCUCCCACUCUGGGGAAGAGCUUUCCUGCUCCUUCAGCAUCGUCAAAUGGCUGUUUCAUGUGCAGUUUCACCACUGUGGCUCCCACUACUUUAAGGCCUUCAGCCUGGCUUUUAAGGCUAUUACGUUGUACAGCUCUUUUGGGUCAAAGCAUUAUGGUUCCACCUCAGUAACGGUAACUUCCAGUGCAGACCAUCUGUCCUUCCAUGUGAAUGAGGAAAACAAACUGAUCUACCAGAAGAUGGAGCUGCAAAACCCAGGAGGACACUACCAGCUGAAGGCCGAGGGCUCCUCAUGCACUGCAGUGCAGAUUACCUCUGUUUACGGCGUCGCUCCUUCGACGACGGUCUGCAGUUUCAGCGUGGAGGUGGAAGUGGUGGUGCAAAAAUGCUGUGAAGAACGCUUAAUCACACUGAAGCUUAAGUCCUCGUACAAGGGAAGCCGGAGCUCUACCGGCGUGGUGGUUGUGAAGCUUGAAGUUCCCUCCGGAUUCAGUCCAGACCCAAACUCGCUGAAGAAGCUGAAGAAGGCAGACCAUGUGAACGACGUAGACUACAAGAGCGGCCAUGUUAUUGUAUACCUACAGGAGCUAAGCAACGAUCAUCCUUUGUACCACCAGUUGGACCUGAUUCAGGAGCACGAGGUGCAUGAUUUAAGGCAUUCAACGGUCAUCAUCUACGAAUUAGAUUGUCCAAGUGUCAGAGGGGGAACCAAAUACUGUGGAAAGACCUGCACCGAGUACAUAGACUCACACACACAUGAAUACCAUCAUUACCUCCCUGACCAAGAGAGCCACCACGACCACGACCACGACCACUACCACGACAACAAGAUUUACAAAGAUUCUGCUUUACACUGUGGAAGAUGGUCAAUUAGGCCCGCAUGUAGACGUCAACGCUUAAAGGUGAAACGACCACGCUUCAAAUUUGAUCGAAGACAUAGCCUUUAUGAAUGAGCCGCCCAACUGGGAUGACAUCCCUUCAUACAGUGCAGCAGGUUGUAACCAGGCUCAAGGUCAUCUGUGAAUCAGACAUAAUCGAAAACCUGCAUACUUUACCAGCACUGCACUGAAAUCUAAUCCAAGAUCGAAACAUUUCUUGAUGUGUUAGGAAACCUUGCCGUUUUGGAG